AUUCUCCUCGGGACACCCUCCCUGGGAACGGGCUCCGUUACCGAACUCACCGCGGGCCGGUCGCCGCAGGCUGAGCUGAGGACAGGGGAGAGGUGGGCAUCGCUCAGCACGUCAUGUCGGUUCUUCCAGAUCUUCACCUGCAUUAUGUGGAGGCCUGUCAAAAUUUGAGCCAGCCUGAAAACCCCUUCAUUGCUCGUGUGCUUCAAGAAGCUGAUAAAAAUGAUGAAAUCAGAAGUACAAAAGGAAUCACAUUAAAAUUAGCUGGAAAUAAUCAUCUGGUGCCUGUGCCGAGAGUUACAGAUGAUGAUCUUGGAGUUCUUGUCUCUGUCUUAGGCCAAGCUGCCUUUGUCACAGGUUUGGAUCUUGCCUAUAAUUUAUUGACUGAUGCUGGAGCAAAGACCAUGGCAACAUUCCUCCAGGAAAACUCCACUCUGCACUAUCUGAACCUGAUGUUCAACGACAUUGGCACAAGUGGGGCAGAGCUGAUAGCAGGAGCGCUCCAUAGCAAUCAAAGUCUUGUGCACCUGAGAAUGACUGGAAACAAAAUAGGAAACCAAGGUGGGAUGUUCUUUGCUUCAAUGCUAAAAAUUAACUCAGCCUUAGAGAAGUUGGAUCUUGGAGACUGUGAUGUGGGCCUGCAGUGUCUGAUAGCAACGGCCAUAGCCCUGACACAGAACAAAUCACUCAAAGCCAUAAACCUAAAUCGUCCUUUGCUACCCAGCCAACAGGAAGAGACCACAGUUCAUAUAGCUCAGAUGUUGAGGAGUAAUUCUUCUCUUGUGGAACUACAUUUGGGCAAGCAUGAAAUGAAAAACUUUGGUGUAAAGCGACUGUGUGAGGCCCUGUAUGAAAACUCCAGCCUGAGAUACCUUGACCUUAGCUGUAAUAACAUAAUCUGUGAUGGUGUGGAGUUUUUGGGAGAGCUACUAAAAAGGAACCAAACCCUGGAGAUCCUGGAUCUCAGUGCAAACCGAAUAGAAGAUGUUGGAGCCAUUUACCUGAGCGAGGCCUUGGCAACGCGGAACAGGACUCUGCAGGCGUUGUCCAUUGUAAGCAACAAUAUCACUGGCAAAGGACUUGUAGCUCUUGCACAGGCAAUGCAUUCCAACAUGACACUUUCCCAUAUUUACAUCUGGGGGAACAAAAUUGAUAGAAGCACCUGUGUGAGCCUUCACCGCAGUGCAGAGGAAGUACCGCGUGUUAAAUCCCCGGUUUCCCUCACUGCAGGCAUUCUCGGAGCUGAUGGCGGUGGGCCGCCUGCAGCCGGGCUGCACAGACGUGGCUCCCUACGAGGUGGAUGGGGAGGUUCUCCUGGCAGAGCAGUCCCACGGGCUGGCCAAGCACCGCUACUGGAGCCCGCGCUGCGCCGCCGUGGCCCCCGGCGCCGCCAACGCCAGCCUGGAGAUCGUGCCUGUCUCCGAGUAUUUGUGAGCAAGUAUUUGUGGGCAGCCUGAGCUUUCCCUACCUGGUUUCUAGUAAAAUAGGUUCUAUCAGUA